UGUCCCUGUUGUUUGCUGCCACGUACGGUCCUGGGGACACGGCGUAGCUGGGAGCCAUGGUGGGACCUGCGGUCCCCGUGAUGUGGGACACCCUGCCCGCCUGCCAUGCCUUCAGGUGCCAGCACCGUCCUCGAGGUGUCGCGUGGCUCUGCCUCCUGCUCCUGCUGCCUGUCUGUGUCCCUGCCACCGUCACCAACCCUGGCAUCAAGGCCUGGCUGACCCGAAGUUCGCUGGAGUUCGGCCGCCACUUUGGGCUGGAGCUGUUCCAGUCUACGCUGCAGAAGGAGCAUGAACUGAACCUGACAGGAUCCUACAACAUCCCGCUCCUGGGGAACCUCACCUACACUGUGCCACGGAUCCACAUCCAUGAGCUGCAGAUGAACGACUCCACGCUGGACUUUGCCGAGGACGUGGGGGUGAGGCUGAUGGUGCAACGUGCCCAAAUCCAGCUCAGCGCCGACUGGGCAGCCCAGCUGGGUGCCAUCCAGGACAGUGGCUCUGUGGAGCUCCGCAUGCGGGACCUGGCUGUGGCAGCGGUGCUGGGGGUGAGCGAUGAUGGCAGCGGCCGCCCCACGGUGUGGAGUGCUGGAUGUGACACCCACGGCACCGACCUGCACAUGGAGUUUCACCGUGGAUACAGCUGGAUCUACAACCUGCUGGCACCGCUGCUCCAGAGAACCCUACGGCAGCAGCUAAACAAGCAGCUCUGCCUUGAGCUCCAGAGGGGCAUUGACAAGCUGGAUGCUGCCCUGAAGCACAUGAGAGUGUCCACACAGCUGGAUGCCUUUGCUGCCAUUGACUACUCCCUGCUGGGACCGCCGGCCUUCACAGCGGAGCACGGGGACAUCGUCCUCAAGGGGGAGAUCUUCAGGGUGGGCAUGUACCAGCAGAGACGCUCAGCACUGCCGGUGGCACUGCCCGUGGCACUGCCCAUGUCUCUGCCCGUGGCACUGCCCUUGGCACUGCCCACACUGACGCCCAAGGCACUGCCCGUGGCACGUGAGCCCAUGCUGCUGAUGGCUGUCACCGAGUUUGUUGCCAACUCAGCCGCCUUCACGUACUUCACGGCUGGGGCCCUGCGCAGGAACAUCUCCAGUGACAUGCUCCCACAGAGGUUCCCAUUCCAGCUGAGGACCAAGAGCAUGGGGGUCUUCUCCCCACAGCUGCAGGAACGCUACGGGGACCAGCCCAUGGAGCUGCACCUCUGGGCCCGCCGGCAGCCCCUGCUCUCCUGCCACCCCGACGCCCUGCACGGGACCCUCUUCAGCUCUGCCGAGGCCUUUGUGGUGCUGCCCAACACCACCCGUGUCCCCGUCUUCCUGCUGAACAUCGAUGCCAACGUGACAGGAAAGCCAACCAUCACCAGGAACAGGCUCGGGGGGACUGUGAGACUGACAGGACUCAGCGUGACACAGGUGGCAUCAAACGUGGGCCCUGUGGAGGUGAAGCGCCUGGAGACUCUGCUGAAGUUUGGGCUGUGGCUUUUUGGGGUGCCCCGAGCAAACAAGUGGCUCCAGGCUGGCAUCCCUCUGCCUCUCCCACAUGGUCUCAGCCUGCUCAGGCCCCGAGUUUCGCUGCAAGAGGACUUCGUGCUCAUCGCCACGGACCUGCAAUAUGAGCCAUGAGAUCUCCUGCCUCGUGGGAACCCUCCAACCAUGUCCCUGUCACCAUCCCGGCGCCAUUGUGACCCUGUGGCUGGCAGAGCCGCCUGCCCGUGGGACUCAAAGACACCCCCCCUCCUUGGCAGGGAUUAAAACUGGGAG